UGCAUCCUCCACCAUGUUCCUGCUGCUGCCUUUUGACAGCCUGAUUGUCAACCUCCUGGGCAUCUCCCUGACUGUGCUCUUCACCCUCCUCCUCAUCUUCAUCAUCGUCCCCGCCAUCUUCGGCGUCUCCUUCGGCAUCCGGAAGCUCUACAUGAAAACCUUGCUGAAGAUCUUUGCGUGGGCUACCCUGAGGAUGGAGAGAGGAGCCAAGGAGAAGAACCACCAGCUGUACAAGCCCUACACCAAUGGAAUCAUCGCAAAAGAUCCCACGUCGCUGGAAGAAGAGAUCAAAGAAGUCCGCCGGAGCGGGAGCAGCAAGGCCCUGGACAGCACUCCCGAGUUUGAGCUCUCGGACAUCUUCUACUUUUGCCGCAAAGGAAUGGAGACCAUUAUGGACGAUGAGGUGACAAAGAGAUUCUCGGCAGAGGAGCUGGAGUCCUGGAACCUGCUGAGCAGGACCAACUAUAACUUCCAGUACAUUAGCCUCCGGCUCACCGUGCUGUGGGGGCUGGGCGUGCUGAUCCGCUACUGCUUUCUUCUGCCCCUCAGGAUAGCGCUUGCUUUCACGGGGAUUAGCCUCCUGGUGGUGGGCACAACCGUGGUGGGGUACCUGCCGAAUGGGAGGUUCAAGGAGUUCCUGAGUAAACAUGUUCACCUGAUGUGCUAUCGGAUCUGCGUGCGAGCCCUGACGGCCAUCAUCACCUACCACGACAGGAAGAACAGGCCGAGAAACGGCGGCAUCUGCGUGGCCAACCACACUUCUCCCAUCGACGUCAUCAUCUUGGCCAGCGAUGGCUAUUACGCCAUGGUGGGGCAGGUGCACGGCGGGCUCAUGGGCGUGAUUCAGAGGGCCAUGGUCAAGGCCUGUCCCCACGUCUGGUUCCGCUCGGAGGUGAAGGAUCGCCACCUGGUGGCCAAAAGGCUGACGGAGCACGUGCAGGAUAAAAGCAAGCUGCCCAUCCUGAUCUUCCCAGAGGGAACCUGCAUCAAUAAUACAUCAGUGAUGAUGUUCAAAAAGGGAAGUUUUGAGAUUGGAGCCACCGUUUACCCUGUUGCGAUCAAGUACGACCCUCAGUUCGGGGACGCCUUCUGGAACAGCAGCAAGUACGGGAUGGUGACGUACCUGCUGAGGAUGAUGACCAGCUGGGCCAUUGUCUGCAGCGUCUGGUACCUGCCCCCCAUGACCAGAGAGGCAGAGGAAGAUGCUGUCCAGUUCGCCAACAGAGUGAAGUCUGCCAUUGCCAGACAGGGAGGGCUCGUGGACCUGCUGUGGGAUGGUGGUCUGAAGCGGGAAAAGGUGAAGGACACAUUCAAGGAGGAGCAGCAGAAGCUGUACAGCAAGAUGAUCGUCGGCAACCACGAGGACAGGAGCCGGUCCUGAGCCUGCGCCCCGCCGGCCGCAGCUGCCUCGCUGCCACCGCCUCCCCAGUUGCGGGCUCCUCGGGCUGCUCUGCAUUGGGGGCUCCAGCGUCUUCAGAGCUUCCUGGGCUCCCGGGGCUGCCUUCUGAGGGGGACGAGACACCUCCUUGUUUCUUUUCUGCUAAGCCCGUUGGAGGA